UGAUAAUACAAGCAUAUAUAGAUAAAUAUCAAAAAGAGUUAAGAGUUCAGCUCAAAAAGGUUGUUGACCUGUCAAAGUUUAUAGCGGCUGCCUGUUUUAAGGUUUUGUAUUUAAUGGUAAAUGCUUUCACCCGCUGCUCGCAGUGAUUAAUUUUGAUGUGCGCAAAUUGAGACUAAGUCCGAAAACCAGUAGCCGCAAAUCUCCGUCCGCCGCCGCCGCCAUCGAGAUGAAUAUUAAUUAAAAAUUUAAAUUCAUUUGGCCCGCAGCUUUAAACGCAUAAUUGAAGCUUGGACUUUCGUCGUGAGAAAGAUAAACGUCAGAAGACCGACAAAACUAUUUACGAGAAUACGUCGACAACUAUUAAUGCUGUGUGUUACCAAAUGUGACGAUCAGCUGACCAAAUUAGUUCAGCUCGUGAUUGGCUCAGCUGGAAUUGACCUCUUGCCGGACAAUUAGCAAAUUGCUGGAACUUUGUGAUGCUUUUACUUUUAAGAAGACCGCAACAACCACAACAACAACCGAAACAACGUAAACAAAAACAAAACCGGAGCAAACGAAUUCCAUAAUUAAUUAUUUGCACACCAUUAAAAGCAAUGGGACACCGUUUUUCACAUCUCUUAUAUGCAUGGAUCACUAUGUAGUCUUCGAGUCUGUGAUGCCAUUCCAUUUUCGGCAUUCUUUUUUUCGGCGUUCUUCUUAGCAUAUACAUAUGGAUGCUAAAGGCCCGGCUCCGAGUCUCCAAGUCUCUGUUCAUGAUCUAUGCGCACCGGGGUGAAACUUUUUCUAUUUAUUUUUCUUUCUUUUCAUUCGCGGACAAGUUCGACCUGGGCAAAAAGCUCAACCGGAUCAUCUUCCAAGGUUCAGUUGAGUUUCGUGCGUAUUCGAGUGCUGUCGUCUUCAUUCUCCUGCUCAUCUAUGUCAUCUGGAUCCGUAGUCUUCGUCAUCAUCAUCGUUAUCGCUUUGCUCUUAGCUGUUGAGGCACGAGUGCGUGGCAAACAAUACGAUGAGGAGAAGGACACAAUUGUCGAGCUGCCCAAACUGGGCGCCAUUCAGGGCAAAGUCAUCGAGACAGCGUGGACUAAUCGAGAAGUUCUACAGUUUGUGGAUAUGAGAUACGCCGAGCCGCCAACGGGACAAUAUCGAUUCAAGCCACCGCGUCCCAUAGAGCCCUGGGAGGAUGUGAUGGAUGCGACAGCCGAGAAGAUUGGCUGCCCCUCGGUGGUGUCCAUGGAUUCGCUGACCAAGCUGGACGAUGUGCUCGACGUGGAGGAUUGCCUCACCAUGACAAUCACGACACCAAAUGUAACAGGCGCCUUGCCGGUGCUUGUCUACAUCCACGGGGAAUAUCUCUACGAGGGCAGCAACUCUGAGGCACCGCCAGACUAUCUGCUGGAGAAGGAUAUAGUGCUGGUGACGCCGCAGUAUCGCCUUGGUCCCUUUGGCUUUCUGUCCACCAAGACCGAUGAGAUUCCCGGCAAUGCGGGCUUCCUCGAUAUCUUUCUGGCGCUGCAGUUCGUCAAGCACUUUAUCACAUACUUUGGCGGCGAUCCAAGUCGAGUAACCGUUGCGGGUCAGGUGGGGGGAGCAGCCAUAGCGCAUCUGCUGACACUUUCGCCGAUGGUGCAACGGGGUCUGUUCAGUCAGGUGAUCUAUCACUCUGGCUCCGCCAUCAUGCCCAUCUUUCUGGAGGACAAUCCUCGCAAGCAUGCCCAGGAGAUUGCCCAAAAGGCCGAGUGCCAAAUGGUCACUGUGCGUGAUCUCAACAAUUGUCUCAUGGAGCUCAGCGCCAUGGAGCUGCUGAAUGCCUUUAUGGACCAUGCGUUGGAGAAAUCUGAUCUGGGCAUUGGACACACUGGAGGUAUACAGUUUACCAUCGGCGGACCGAGUGGCGUAUUGCCCAAGCAUCCCUAUGAUCUGAUGCUGGAGUCCAACUUCUCGUAUCCUGCCAUGGGCGGCUGUCCCAAGAACGCAGGCACGCGUGUGCUCAACGAGAUUGUGGAGAACGAUUUUGAGGGAAAGAUACCGGAUGACGAAUACAACACCUACAACUACAUUGAUCACAUCAUACGCCAGGUUGUGGGCACUGACAAGACCAUGCUCCUCACCAGCUUCAUCACACAUGACUUCUUCAAUCGCCAGCUGCUCGAGAAUGGCACUUUCGAUAUGCUGAUACCCAGGCUAAUUGAUGUGGCGGGUACACUGAACCACAAGCUUCCUGUGUUGUUGGCACUGAACAUGAACAACAAGCACAAUCCGGACAACACAUUCCUCUACUCCUUUGACUAUGCGGGCGAGUUCAAUCGCUAUCGCGAAAUGGACGAGGAAACGAAUAUGCAAAGUCCUUUCAAGGCGGGCGUUUCACUCACAGACGAGGCGCUUUAUCUUUUCCCCUAUCCGGAGCAUGUGCAGCGUCUCAGUCCGCCCGAUGAGGCAAUGGCUCGCCGCAUGGUGGAUCUGUGGACCAACUUUGUCAUCACUGGCAAUCCGCUGGGCUCCUACAAAGCAGGCUACUGGCCACCCAUGACCACACUCUAUGGCCCCUACAUGAAGAUCGACGAGACUCUCACCAUUGCCGGCAAUUACUUCAAUGAGUUCUCCGCUACUCUGCGUGACGAGGAUCAGGGUCACAGUCUCAUUCGCGAGAUUUACUAUCUUCGCAAACGUGCUCAUCAGAAAUCUCAGGCACAGCGCAAAAAAACGGCGACGGCUGUUGCCAGUAAACUUAAAAAAGUGCACGUUAGGAAGAGUCUGGUAAAGCGUCCCAAUCGCAACAAGAUACGCUUCUAAACUGUUUAAUUAGCAUAAUUAAAAUGAUGAAAAUUUAUAUUAAUUUAAAUUACAAUAUUGUAUUUAUAUGAAACAUAAUUUUGUACAUUCUUUAAUAUAGAGUAAAUAAUUGUCCACAAGAUUUAACUUAAUUUA